CAAUGCACUUGGAGCUCAUUCUAGUUAAUAUCAUUGAUGUUUACUCAAAUUGAUAUUGAUUGCCUGCCGUUGACACUCUCCAACCUCGGUGUGUUGGUAUCGGAGAUUGUGGUGGGGAGUUGUCUUGCCGGUAACUAUGUUCCCAACCCGCAUUUGAUAAGAUACCUCAGAGAUAAAGAAUAUUAAAAAGUAAGAAAAAAUGUUCGAUUGUGCUGGUUUCAACUUAAAUUUGUAGCAGAAAACUUAAUCGAAGCGACAAUUUAAAAUUCACUUUGCCAACAGAGCAGUAGGAGUGCGGUAUUUAUAUCCAAAUUAUUCGUAAUUACCGUAAAUCAAAAUUUGAAGAAUAAAACAGCAUUCAAGUAAAUUUGUAGUUGUAUGUAAUUCUAAGAACUAAAAAAAAAAUAUUUAAAAACAAAAAUGAAUGUUUUUCACGAACGUGUGCUAAUUACCGGCGAUCUUAACGCCAGCGAGGCCAAAGCUUUGGCGAGUGUAGUGUCUACUUCAAGUUUCACUAAUACCACCAGUACUUCCAGCAGCAGCAACAACACCAAAGUAAUCAUCAAUCGCAGCAGUGACCACAACAUACCCAAGGCAGAGAACACAGAAGACACCAAGCCAACGAAAACCGGUGAGGCGAAAAAGGCAGCGGACACCAACGGACCAAACGGUAGUCCGCACAGUCCAGUUGCUAGCACCAGCAAAAAAGCGGAAUCGUCAACUACACAACCACUAUCAGCCAGCAACACCACCCCCACCACCACCACCACCGCCACCAAUGCUACCCGAAACAAUUUGUGCAACGAUUACAGCGAGGAUCUGAAAAUAAUCGGUCAUAUAAAGAAUAUCGAGAAGAUCAAUGAGAAACGGCGGCUCUUCCUCAACAACACAAUCAGCGAGUAUACGAUCGAUGAAAAAACCGAAACUGAAACCAAAACUCAGUCGAUUAAUGGCGCCGAAACGGUUGUCAGCGAAAGCCGUACACAUACACGCGAAGAGCAGGAGAAGCAUGUUGAUGGCAAAAAGGUGGGCGGCCUUAGUGAAAUCAAUGUCAAUGGGCUUUCAAAGACAACAGCUACUACAUUUCCGGCUGCUAAAUACGCUACACUACCGCGUACGCCCGGUUCACCGCCACCCAAACCGCCUAUGCUGAGCCGUACACGCAGCAUUGGUAUUGGCGAUCAGAGAUCGUACUCUGCCACAUCGGUGCCUUCAACGCCUUCUACACCAACAGCGCCGCCGGGUACAGGAACUGCAACAGCAAUCGCUAGCGGUCGGCCGCUUGCACCAAUCGCUACACCCACACCAUCGGGCACCCUAACACCGACAACACCAAUAGCCCGUUCAGGCGACUCGUCGCCAAAAAUCACUUUGGCACCUACUUUGAUUACCAGCGCUUUGCUGCCCGAACCGAUCAAAGUGGCGACCGUACAGCUGAGAGAGGAUACAGUGCCAACGUUGCGUCGAGUAGUGGAGCGACCGGUUUCGCUGUCGCCGGAAGCGCCCAAACAGAUUUCGGUCAAUCACUACGAACGUCUGAUUGAGGAACUUAAAUGUCCCGGUUGCGCAUAUCCGAUGAAGACGCCAAUUUUACUCUGCAAGACUGGACACAGCAUAUGUCAGCAGUGCACAAGGGUACUCUUACUCUGUCCGCUGUGUAAGGAACCCUUCACCAACAUACGCUCUCUCACCGUGGAAGCGCUAUGCUCCAAGGCGCAUUUCCGCUGCUCGAAUGCCUCCGGAGGUUGUACUGUACGCUUACAAAUUGAACUUUUGAGCUGGCACGAGAAGCAAUGCAUCUACAAGCCAAUGAAAUGCUUUAUGGGUCGUGUAUGGGGCGAUUGUGAGUGGAAUGGGCGAGAGGCUCACUGGAAGGAGCAUUUGGAGAACGAACAUGCCGACAAGGUAUUCCACACAGAGAUCACGGAUAUGAUUUGGAAUAUGGGCGUAAAGCAGAAGCCAUUGACUGGAUAUUAUGUUUUCAUUGUCUUCGAUGAGAUGUUUAAUUUCUAUGAAGUCUACGACAAGGAACGCAUUCUUUUCACUAUGGCCUGCACAUCGACUGUGAAGGAGAAGAAACACAACUAUGCUUUCGAGGUGACUAUUGUGCAUCGGGAAAAUGAAGCCAUUGCCAUAACACAGAAGUAUCCAGUGCAUAGUGAAUAUGAUAAUGACAUCUUGGCGGAGGGCACCUGCAUUAGUAUGCCACUAACAGAUCUGGCGAAAUUCAUCGAUGAAGAUAGGUUACUACAUUACCGCGUUCGCAUUGUGGAAAUAAAAACGCCACGUAAAGUGAGAAGCUCGCAGCGUAACAGCCCCAACUCUGGCGUACAUCCAACAGACUUCCAGCAGACACAAAUCGAAGGUGUCAAUCUGAAGAGUGUGCCUGCAGAGGUGAUUGUUACGCGCAAACUGGACGAUAUACCCUAUGCGGACAACUCGACCGCUGCCACACCGCGCAGUGGUGGCGCACCAGCGACGGAAGGCGUGAGUGAGACUGAAGGUGAGCAGGUCAAAGUUAAAAACAUUUACAAUGGAAAAUUUUCCAGUAAUGAAAGCGGCUCCGAAAGUGAUCCGGAAUUUGAAGCUUUCAUAGCAAAGAAAUGGGGUACACCACAAUUACAUUUCAAUAGAAAAUUUUUGAAAAACAAUUCCGAUGAAAGCAAUUCAACAGAUGAGGCAGCAGGCAGUUUGCGUAGACUGGAUCGGCGGUUUGUGCCAGAUGACAAAAUUUCAGUGACCAGCACUAGUACGAGCUACAAGAAGCGCGUGACCAACUCACUGCGCAAAAGUUUCCGUGGCUUCAAGACACCGCAAAUUUUUAACAAAAAGGCGGCCGAAGAUAUAAAAGACAGCAAAAUAUUUAAAUAUCUGCGUAGAUGUGUGGCAAAACUAUCGGAUUUUUAUUGAUGCCAAUAAAAUGUUCUUUGUUUUUGUUGUUCAGUUGAUCAAAAUAAGACACAGUCGUACAUACAUAUGUAUGUACUUAUGCCAUAUAGGUAUAUUAAUUAACUCCAAAUUAAGCAUUACAUAUAUCUGUAUGUAUUUAUGUUUGUGUGUAUUUGAUGUAAUAAUAAACAUAAAAACC